AUGUCCACACCGUCGAAAUUGGAUACAUCUUGCCCACCACUUUCAACGCUAAAGUUGCCUAGGUUACUGGCAUCGGUUCCACCGACUUCGAAACAUACCGAGAUUUCAGCACCACCUACUUUGCCACAUAACACAUCAGCGUUUUCCACUAUGAAUAAUGUUAACGAUUCUUAUCAACAAGAUAUGCCCAAUACAGAAACAACAGUGAAACCCUUACCAAAUAAACGUGGACGGAAGCCCUUGACCACAAUGCCGUCUGCUAAAAAACAUUAUCAAAACUUAAAAAAUCAAAGAGCAUUUCGACAGCGUCGAGCAAAUUAUGUUCAAGAGCUUGAAGAAAAGGCCACAACAUUUGAAAAGUUAUAUAAUGAUGUUCUAAAGGAAAAUAAAAUUUUAAAAGAAAAAUUGAGGUCACUGAAACGACAAUAUUCAACCGAUUGUGAAGAAAAUGAAGAUUGUGAAGAAAAUGAUGGAUGCGACAGCGAACAAAAGUGCAAAAAGGCACCAGCUAAUAAAAAAGGCACAAAUUCAUCUUGCAAAGUAGUCAAACGCAUGGAUGAUGAUGAUGAUGUCGCGUCAUGUGACGAAAAUUCGACAAUACAGUCACCCAGAGCGUGUGUACAAACGUCAUGCCAUAAACCAAAUAGUGUAUCAUAUGAUCCUUCAACAAACCAAAAGUUACCUUCAUUAACCCCGGACACCUUACCAUCUAUUAAUUUUAAUAGGCAACCUAAACAUCAGCAAGUUGAAAGUCACCCAUCUUUAUCAAUCGAAGACAUAAUAAUGAAAGAGCCUCUUUUCUGUACCACAGAAGAAGGAGACCUUUGUUUUUGUGAUCCUUCUCAUAAUUCACCAAAUCAUGAUUGUAAAAAAUUGAUAGUUCCUCAACAAUUUGUAGCACAGUAUACAAAUUCAAUUUACUCUACACUUCCCAAGAGUCCAUUAAACAGCUCUAGUGAAUGGCAGCAGGAAGAUAUCUAUUAUGCACAAUCACCAUCACCUACUUCUACCACCUCAUUAGCGACUGAUGAGAGUACUUUGCCUCGAAACCAUCCUUUGAAUUUGAAUUGGAUAUUAGAUACACCGGAGGAGGAUACAAGUUGA